AUGAGACUAGAAAGACUACUCUUGUUCAUAUUCUGGGCUCUCCCGCGGUUCGGAAAGAACCAGUAUAGAACUUUGCAGAUCUCUGAAACCCAAACAUUGAACGUGAAAGAAGAGGAAAAGCUGUUACUUAAAAGACAAGGCGUGAGGUAUUUCGAUAUCACAAACUUCCCUAGCCUCUUCAAAACAAAUGAGGUGAAAACCGUGCCGGAAUAUGUAUACCCUGUGGAUCUGAUCAACGGGGACAGAGUAUCCCUAGCUCUAACAAAUGUCAGUACAAAGUCAAUGUACGAUGACCUGGCUUUCUUCACUAGCUUCUACACCCGAUACUACAAGUCUGAAACAGGUUACGACUCUGCCGUAUGGCUGUCCAAGAAGUUGAAAAACGUUACUGAGACUUUGGGUGAUAAAGUGUCCCAGCUUCACAUCGAUCACCGUGACUGGAAACAGUUCUCUAUCAUAGUACAAAUAAGGGGUGUCAAAACUCCCGAGAAAAUUGUCGUUUUCGGUUCACACCAGGACUCGAUGAACCUGAUAUUACCUUCGGUUAUGGCUGCGCCAGGCGCCGACGAUAACGGUUCGGGGACUGUAACAAAUAUCGAAGCCCUCAGACUGUAUGCGCAGUAUCUCACUGAGACUCAAGAUUGGCCUCAAAAUACGGUAGAGUUCCACUUUUACUCUGCUGAAGAAGGCGGGCUGCUAGGAUCGUUAGAUGUGUUCACUAAUUAUGCCUCUGACAACAAAACUGUUGUUGCAAUGUUACAGCAGGACAUGACUGGGUACGUGCCAGAUCCUAAGAAUGAACAUGUAGGUGUUAUUACAGAUUUCACCACUCCAGCUUAUACUAAGUUUGUUGAACUUGUAAUUGACAAGUACUUGAGCAUACCCUUCAUUGAAACUGAAUGCGGCUAUGCUUGCAGCGAUCAUAGUAGUGCUACAAAAAAUGGGUUUCCUGCAGCAUUUGUUAUUGAGAGUGAGUUCUCUAAGACUAACAAGUACAUUCAUACCACAAUGGAUACUUUGGAUAGGUUGAAUUUUGGACAUAUGGCUGAGCACGUCAAGUUAAUAAUUGGUACGAUCAUUGAGUUAAGCAAUUGGGAGUUCAAAUUAAAGGUGGCGGAAUAG